AAUUGUGCCAAAUAUACGAGUUUACAUAUUGAUCAAUUCACUGUUAACGUUACCAAUUUUAAAAACAAUAUUCGACUGUAAAUUUAAACUCAAAGUCUACAUAUGCGUUAAUAAUAACCCUAGUAAUUGUUUAUUCAUGAGAUGAAAUAAAUAACAUUAAUUUACAUAUGUAUAUGUAUGGUAGAGUCGGAGUAAAUAAUUCUCCAUAAGUCAUGGAUCGUGCUAGCAUUUUCUUCCUAGAUGAAGGCGAAUCAAACACUUUCGAUUUUGACGAAACGUUACCACCAUUGCCACUACCAGACCUACAUGAUACAUUACAACGCUACUAUGAUACUAUUAAACCAUUUGGAUCCCCGAGUGAAUUAGAAAAAUCUAAGAAAAUCAUUUCUGAUUUUGAAUGUGGCAUCGGUACUGAAUUGCAAAGGAAACUAAAGGAACGUGCUGCAGUUAAAAAGAACUGGUUAAAUGAAUGGUGGGAUAAAUAUGCCUAUCACAUGUUACGUACACCUCUAAUUCCAUACAUCAUAAUGGCGAUGCCUGUAAACUUAGAAGUUAUAAAUAUUCCCGAGACACCUGCCUUCCUACUUAAGAAUCUGGCGCGAAUAUUGUACCAUACUCUUGAGUUUUGGAAUUUGUUACGGAAUGCAACAAUUAAACCCCAUUCAUCACAUGGUGGCAAAAUUAAAUAUUCUUCAGCAUUAUACAAACGCUUUUUCUCGGCAACACGAGCUCCAGGCAUAGAUUAUGAUUACAUAAAAACUUACUUUAAGCCAGUUAACGAAGGUAACACGCCAUCUCAUGUCGUUGUUUCUGGAAAAGGACGUAUAUUCGCCUUUGACGGUUUACAUGCGGAUGGAACAAUCAUUUCGCCUCUUGAAAUCCUUAUCGUUUUGCAGCGUAUUCGAAGUAUUUUGGACUAUGAAUCAAUGGGCGACUGCGUYCCUGUCCUUACCCACGACGAUCGCACUACUUGGGCAAAUAAUUAUAUACAUCUUCAAGAGAUUUCGGAAAAGAAUAAGGAAACUAUAGAGACUAUAGAAAGCUCUUCUAUAAUUGUUACAUUCGAUGAAAAUGAGCCUCAUAGUUAUGAAGAAACUUCGCUGCUUUGUGUUAAUGGCGAUUUCCACUCAAAAUGGGGAGACAGAAGCAGUACAAUUAUUGCUUUCAAGAACGGACGAUUCGCGUAUGUUGGGGAGCAUUCAGCUUAUGAUGGUACGUUUAGCGUGAGUUAUGCGCUUUUUGUGCAAUUGAGUAUGUUUGAAAUUGGUGAGCCUGACUGGAGUUGCACUGAUAACAGCAAAUAUAUUACGUUAACUGAAUUAAAAUUUGACUUGGACAAUGAACUUCAAAAGGAGAUCGAUCGUGCAAAACUGGACUGUGACCUAAGGAGAAAUGACAUUAUUAUAACAUAUGAUUAUUUUAAUGAAUAUGCAAAAGACGAUAUCAAAAGAUGGAAUUUACACCCAGACUCAUUUGUGCAAGUUAUAAUGCAAUUGGCAUAUGCAGAAUUACAUCAAGAAAUUGCCGCAACCUAUGAGACUGCUUUAACUCGCCAUUUUUACAAUGGUCGAACCGAAACUUUACGCUCCUGUACCACAGAAGUUCAUAAGUUUAUACAAAUGGCGCGUGAAGGGAAGUCUUCUUCUGGAGAAAUACUCGCCGCCUUUCGAAGUGCUGUUAAUAAUCAUAAUCACAUGAUGAAUGAAGCACGGAAAGGAAAUGGUAUAGAUCGACACCUCUUUGGGCUUUGGUGUAUAGCAUACGAAAAUGGAAUAGAUGUACCAGAGAUUUAUAAUGAUCCCUUAUAUAUAAAAAGUGGUGGAGGUGGGAAUUUUAUUCUAUCUACAAGUACAUUGGGUUAUACCUCUAUUGUUGGAUUUGUAGCUCCUAUGACACUAGAUGGUUAUGGCGUCUUUUACUCAAUAACCACAGACACUAUUUAUAUUCAAAUCACUGCAUUUCGUGAUAGYACCAAAACAAGCGCACACAAGUUUAACGAAAUAUUCAAACAGCAAUUUUCCAGAAUUAAAAAUUAUUUGGAGCAUAAUUCUAAGUUAUAAAAAAAUAUCUAAGACAUUAUCUUAUAUUUUAA